AUGAAUAAUAUUUUAACUUCGAUAUAUCUCUUAAUCUUUUUGAAAUUCUGUGCGUGCGCAGGAAAUUAUCCAAAUGGAUGUACUUUGGACUCUAGGUGGAAUACCUUAAACUGUUUUACUACGACUCCGUGGGCAAACAAAUUCACAAGUACAAAGAAUGGACCCCUCAGUUAUUGGACAGACCCAAGAGGAGGAAGAGUCAAAUGUAACGGGCAUACUGUUUAUACUCCAACUAAAUGCACUGCUUCCACUACUUACCCAAGCGGAUGUACUAUGGACACUAGAUGUGGUACGACCUUAAAAUGUUAUACCACAACUGCAUGUAGAGAAAAUUACACAUAUACUAAGUGUGCUUCCUGCAAUUAUUGGACAGACGCGUGUGGAACAAGAACUAGAAGUUGCUUGCAGACAGUUUGUACUCCAACUACAUGCACUGUUUCUCCUACUUAUCCAAGUGGAUGUACGUUGGACACUAGAUGUGGUACGACCUUAAAAUGUGUAUCCACAACUCCGUGUAAAGAAAGAUGUCUAUAUCCUCCACCAGGUACAUCCUGCAAUUAUUGGACUGGCCCAUGUGGAACCAAAACUAAAAGUUGCUGGCAGACCGUUUGUACUACAUCUAAAUGUACUACUCCUAUUGUUCACCCAAGUGGAUGUACUUUGGACUCUAAAUAUAACACCUUAAAUUGUGUAUCCACAACUCAGUGUAAAGAAAAAUGUUUAUCUCCACCAAAGCCUACUACAUCUUGCAAUUAUUGGACAGACCAAUGUGGAACCAAAACUAAAAGUUGCUGGCAGACCGUUUGUACUACAUCUAAAACAGAAACGCCAAUACCUACUAAAUCUAAAACAGAAACUCCAAUUCAAACUUCAUCUGAAAUAGAAACUCCAAUUCAAACUUCAUCUGAAAUAGAAACUCCAAUUCAAACUUCAUCUGAAAUAGAAACUCCAGUUCAAACUUCAUCUGAAAUAGAAACUCCAGUUCAAACUUCAUCUGAAAUAGAAACUCCAAUUCAAACUUCAUCUGAAAUAGAAACUCCAAUUCAAACUUCAUCUGAAAUAGAAUCUCCAGUUCAAACUUCAUCUGAAAUAGAAACUCCAAUUCAAACUUCAUCUGAAAUAGAAUCUCCAGUUCAAACUUCAUCUGAAAUAGAAACUCCAAUUCAAAAUUUCAUCUGA